AUGUGGAUCGUGAACUGGUUCUACGAUGCGCUCGCCUCUUUGGGCCUUCUGAACAAGCACGCCAAGCUCCUGUUCCUCGGACUUGACAAUGCCGGAAAGACGACUCUGCUCCACAUGCUGAAGAACGACCGUGUCGCCAUUCUCCAGCCAACCCUUCACCCAACCUCUGAGGAGCUUGCUAUUGGCAACGUCCGAUUUACGACCUUUGACUUGGGUGGUCACCAGCAGGCCCGCCGUAUCUGGAGAGAUUACUUCCCCGACGUUAGCGGUGUCGUCUUCCUCGUCGACGCCAAGGACCACGAACGAUUUGCUGAGGCCAAGGCCGAGCUCGAUGCGCUCCUCGCCAUGGAGGAGCUCUCCAAGGUUCCCUUUGUCAUCCUAGGAAACAAGAUCGACCACCCCGACGCCGUUUCCGAGGACGAGCUACGUCACCAGCUCGGCAUGUACCAGACCACUGGCAAGGGCAAGGUUCCCCUGGAGGGCAUCCGACCAGUUGAGGUGUUCAUGUGCUCCGUGGUGAUGCGCCAGGGCUACGGCGACGGCAUCAGGUGGCUAUCGCAGUACGUCUAA